AUGCUUGUUUUGUUUAUAUCAAUUUUGAUCAACACCAAUCUAGGAAAUGUACUAAUCUAAGAAAAUUAAGAUUCUACAGAAUAUUUCAAAAUACAUUUUGGUGAACCCAAGAUAAUAUUAAGAAUACCUGAGGCUGAAGAUGCUGUUUUAGAGAGUUUCGAAAAACAGAGUUUUUGCGAAGUAAAACAAUAAACUGUUUAAACACAGACAUAAUAAUUUACCAUACUUAAAUCUGAUGAAUUCAAAGAUUAUGAGUUUGAGAAUGAUACUCCAUUAAAUUUUAGAUAAUUCAUUGGGAUGGUUCAUGUUAAUGAUGGAAUGAUUGCUAUUACAUCUGAUUCUGUAGCAUACUUAUUGAAAUUCAAUUAUGAUAAAGUAAUAAGUUAGCAUGGUUUUGCGAAAUAUGGAAAUGGCGGUGAUUUUGCAGGUCUAGUUUGGAAGGCGAAUCUUUAGGAGAUUCUGAUAUCAACUGAGUCAAAAUAAUAAUUACCCCAGAUAGUUUAUUCAAAAACUAGAAAUCUUGCUUUCCUUUUAUUCACUGAUACUGCUCAUUAUUUUAGUGUUUCCGAAAUGGAGACCAAUUAAAAUAAGCUUUCUAUUUAUUAAGUUUCUACUUUCAUAAGCAGAGAUGAGAGAGGACUAACAAAAGAAGUUGAAGGGUAUUUGUUCUCAGCAGUUGGGAAGGCAGGUUUGGAUAUCUAUAAGAUUCAAGAAUUAUUAGUUUUAUAUUAAACAACAAUUACUUUCAAAGAUUUGAAUAUAUUUAAUCAUUAAUUGGAUUUAAAGGAUUUUGCUAUAUUAAAAGUUGAUGAAGGAAAAUAUUAAUUUUAUUUGCUAGAUGCAAAAUUAGGUUUAGUUUUGGCCUAUAUGUACAUCAAUUAGGAUACUUUAAGUUUUGAGAGAGUUAUUGAGGUUGAACCAAUACCAAAUGGCAUAGCAGUUGAUACAAAGAAUGGUCAAAAUGUAUUUGCUGCCUUUGAAGAUAAUGGAAUUCACUUUUAUAUUGAAUAUUAUGUGGAUUUUACAAAACGCAGUUAUUCCAUUAUCACAAAAAGAGAGAGUAAUUAUAGAAUAUUAGAUGUUGAUGCUACAGAUGAGUUUGCAAUUAUUAGCGGAGUAAACAAUCAUCAAAUAGUGUUUUAAAAUGGCUAUGAUUUUAUUGCUCCACACAAAUAGCAGAUAAGGUUCUCCUAAAUAGGUAUGAGAGAUUUUGAAUUUUUUAAAUAUUCUUAUUCAAAUGACGAUCUCAAAAAUGCUGCUGAAUCUGAUGAAUAUUAAUAUGAUGAUUUCUUUUUUGGAGUCACUGCAACUAAUGCAUUUUUAACCAAAUUUAAAUUUGUUCCUGCUAGUGUAGUUUGUUUCACCGAUAAUAAGUAAUUAAAAAAUACAAAGUAGUUUUAUAGUUUACAAUAUAAUUAAUCUUACAUUUCAAAUAAUAUUGUUGCCAAAGAUAAGGUAAUCAGAACUACAAAAAACUUUUAAGUUGAAGUUGUUAGAACCUUCUUAUUUGAAUAGCAAAUUAACAUAAUUUAUGUUAUAUUAAUAGUUUUGGGAUUUGUGAUAUUUUUCUUUGUAAGUGCAAUUUGUUAUAAGUUUUAAUAAUUUAGAAAGGAGGAGAUAAGGUUAGAAGUUGAAAUAGAAAAUAAAUAAAAAAUGAAUGAUUCUCAUAACCAAAUAAAAUUUGAUGAAAGUUAAGUGAUUUAGGCUCCUUGA